AACUGUUAAUGUACAUUGUAUAAUUUACCAUCACCUACCACACACUUACCAUCACCUACCACACACUCACCUACUACACUCACCUACUACACUCACCUACCACCACCUACUCCCUACACCUACAUCUAUAUAAGGAACCCCUCAUUUGUAAUACAGAAUAUAUAACAAUCUUGUAAAACAUCAAUAAUAAUAUACAUCUCAAUUUAUUAUUUUUCAUGGUAUCAGAGCAAGGUUAAAGAUCUUGGUGUUCUUCGCCUUCCGGCGGGCGGCAACCUUGCCUUGACCGCCCGUCGGAUCUCAACCAAUUCAAACCUCCCUCUCCCUCUCCGCACCUCACUGAAACACACCACCAUUGCCAUCACUCGAUACAUACACACAAAUCUCUCUCUCUCCAGUUUCUGCGUCUGGCUACCAAAUUCAUUUCCUCGUUUAUAGCUUGAAUCUGAUAUGUUGAGCUUGUAAUCAUGAGUUGCAAUGGAUGUCGAGUUCUUCAAAAGGGUUGCAGCGAAAACUGUAUCCUCCAACCAUGCCUUCAGUGGAUCGACUCCCCUGAAUCUCAAGGCCACGCCACCGUCUUCGUCGCCAAGUUCUUCGGUCGCGCCGGUCUCAUGACCUUCAUCUCAAACUUUCUCCUCUCUCUCUCUCUCUCUCUCUCUAAAAGUCUCUGUUUCUCUCUCUAGAAAGAAACCAAAAUAGAAAAGAUUAUGGGUUCUCGCGGUUUUCAACUUCUCUUUCUCCUCUCUCUCUUCACCACCUCAUGCUUAGCACAAGCCCCUGCUGCUUCUCCAAAGGUUUCACCCACCGCCACACCUACUCCGCCGCCGUCAAUUCCUCCUCCUUCUUCUUCUCCUGCUCCUUCUCCUUCUCCUCCUUCUCCGACGCCGGUUACAGCUCCAGUUCCGGAUCCGACUCCGGUGACUCCCUCGCCGGCACCGACUCCGGUUCACACACCAACGCCGUCGCCGUCGCCCUCCCCCGUCUCCGGCUCCACCCCAUCUCCGACGGUGGCGCCCACAUCUAGUACCACGCCACCGACAAGUGGUGCGUCCGCUGUGAGCAGAGUCGCUAUUGCUGGGACUGCACUCACUGGACCAUUCCUUGCCUUGGCUUUCAUGUAGAGACAGAGACGUGUUGGGACGCGUGGAGGCUCAUUGGAUUCUCUCCACCAGACCCACUUUAAUUAUAUUUAUCAUUAUUCUCUCAUAUUUUAUUAAUCUCUCUCUGUCCAUCCAACCUUCUUUUAUUUUCUUUAAUUUUGUUUUUUUUU